AUGGCGAUUAGAGGUUUUGUGGUGAUGGUUAUGGUGGCGAUGUUGAUCGUUUCCGCAAUCGCGCAAUCGCCGUCGGCAUCUCCGUCAUUGUCUCCGACUAAAUCGCCGUCUAAGGCUCCGUCGAUUUCUCCGUCUGUCGAGUCGCCGAAAUCCUCUCCUGCUGCUGCGCCUACUCCGGCAUCUUUGCAGUCUCCGCCAUCUCCUCCUGCUGCUUCUCCGUCUCUGUCUCCUUCUCCUUCUCCGUCUCCAUCGUCGAUAUCCUCUCCUCCAGCAGACGCUCCGGCUCCGUCUGGUAACGCCGCCGCUUCGAUCUCUCUCUCGAUGUUCGGAUCUGUGGCCGCUGUGCUGUACGCCAUCGUUUUGAUGAUCUGA